AUGAGUGCUACUGGUUUGGAGAAGUCUAAUAUGUCAAGAUCACCCUCUGUUGAGAUGCAAUCUCCUGGAACACCAUCUAUUCCACUGCAGAGACGUACCUCAGGUUCAUUGAAUUCUCCAUCCCCUGUGCAACAUUGUUCCAGAGUUUCCUCAGGGGUAUUUCAAUCAACACUUUGCUAUUUUAUCCCAAGGCAGAGGUCAGCAUCUAGUUCACCCAUGUCACUCUACAAUAUGAGUCCAAAAGGAGUGGCAAAUUCCAAUAUAUCAAGACCACCCUUUGUCCAGAUGCAAUUACCUGGAACACCAUCUAAUCAAAUGGAGAGACAUACAUUGAGGUUGUGGAAUUCUCCAGCCUCUGGUCAAAAUCAUUUAAGAUUUUUGUCAGUUGGAUUUCAAUCACCACCACUCUCUGUGAUCCACAGGCAAAGGUCAACAUCCAAUUCACGCGAGUCACUCGACAAUAUGAGUGCAACAGGAUUUUCAAAUCCUAAUAUCUCAAUGGAUAAAACUGUCACUGAUAGUGGUUCUUCAGAAUCUAAUGGUGGCUCUUCAGAAGAUCAGAACUUUGAAUACCUGAUGCAGGAAGCUAACAAUUAUGAAUUUGGUGAUGAUGAAGACUGGGACAAUGUGGUGUAUCAGGGACCAAGUAGGGAUAGACAAACACAAAUUCUAAUUUGA